UUUAGAGGGAAAUCUCGCGCCCACCCCUGUUCUCUGUUUACAAUUACACACAACAUUUUGUUCAAAUUCUCCUCCACCGCCAAACCUCACCCCAUCGCCACAGAUCGCCACAUCUACAUCGUCGAUGAUCCUCCUCCUUCUCCUCUGCCUGUGCCUCCGCCGAAUCCGAGAAGAAAGUCGAGAUCUGAAUCUGAUUUGAGUCCUAGGUCGAGAUCUGACCGUCAUGAGCGAUCCACAGCAACACAAUGGCUUCCAAAUCCUACAACAAGAUCAUCGAUAUCUACGACGACCUCAUCCUUCAGGUACAUACACUACCCCUCCUUCUAUUCCAUGAUUGAUCUCUCUUCUUAUCAAACCCUAAUCCUACGACGGUUCUCCUGCCUCUUAUCUCUCUCUCUCUCUCUGUCUCUCUCUCUCUCUGUGCUUGAUCUCUACGCCGUCUCAGAGCUUCAAGCAGUUCGAUUUCGUCUAAAGGUUGGACUUGUUGCGUAUGAUUCACAAGUUCCGAUUGGUGCCACUCCUGAAUAUAUGGCUGGUUAUUACAUGUUGCAAAGUGCAAGCUCUUUUUUGCCUGUGAUGGCCCUUGCUCCUCAAGAGAAGGAAAGGAUUGUUGAUAUGGCGGCUGCUCCUGGUGGUAAAACAACCUACGUUGCUGCUCUUAUGAAAAACAAUGGUAUAAUUUAUGCAAAUGAGAUGAAGGAGUCAAGACUCAAGUCGCUUACUGCAAAUUUACAUCGUAUGGGGGUGACAAACACUAUAGUUUGCAACUAUGACGGGAGAGAGGUAAGCAUCUUGUUUUGUUGCCCUUAA